AUGAGAGAGGCCAACAUGGCUGAACCUGUGAGUGUCGGGGCUCUGCUCCAGUCAGAGCUGGUGGAGGACGUCUUGUACCGGGAGGAAGGCUUGUGUGUUGUCGGUAUUUUCGGUAAAAGCAACAUGCAGCUCGGGCCGCUGAAGGAGUCUCUGGUCAACAACCUGGCGGACAAACACCUGUUCGCGCUGUUCGGCGGCCCGGGGGACGGCGGCACGGCGGACAGCCACAUCCAGGCCUUCUACAACCAGGAGGACCGGGUGCUGUACCUGCUGCUCUCCUCCGGCUGCGACAGCCGCCAGCUGCUGCGGGCCUGUCACACCCUCAGUGCCGGGGCCGGGCACUCCGACGCCCAUGACUUCUGGAAAGGCCUGGAGAAGCAGCACUGCCUCCACCUGCUCUACAUGUUCUCCGUGUGCCACGUCCUCCUGCUCGUCCAUCCCAACCACACCUUCGACGUGACCUACGACCGCUUCUUCCGAGCCCUGGACGCCCUGCGGCAGAAGGUGCUGCCCAUGAUCAGAGCUGCCAUCAAAGACUGUCCGGUGUCCAAGGAGUGGAAGCUGAACUGUCGGCCCUGCCCUCCGCGCCUGCUCUUCGUCUUCCAGAUGAACGGAACCCUGAAGGUUUCUGCCAAUGGUUCUGAGUCUGGAGGAAACCCAGACAAACCCAAAAAGCACUCCCCCAGGAGGAGGCUGCAGCAUGCACUGGAGGACCAGAUCUAUCGCAUCUUCCGUAAAAGCAGAGUCCUCACAAACCAAAGUAGCAACUGUUUGUUCACCGUGCCCGCCAACCAAGCCUUUGUGUAUGUGAUACCAGCCACGGACGAGGACCCCGUGGGAACAUUGCUUGCUCAGCUGCGGUCAAACUGCAUCUUGUGUGAGCCAGAAACCCCCCCGGUGGUGGUGAGGGGGCCGAGGCGUUAUCAGCAGAUGCGACGAUCGGCUCGGCAGGCCAGCUUCAGCACCGACUCUGUCAUCGCGCCGUUGGGCGGUCAGCUGGUGGACUGUAGCUUGAAGGAGUUCCUCUGGCAGCAUGUAGAGCUCGUGCUGACCAAGAAAGGCUUCGAUGACAGUGUCGGUCGCAACCCACAGCCCUCGCACUUUGAGCUGCCCACCUACUCCAAGUGGGUCCAGGUGGCCUCCAGACUCCACCAUGUCCUUAUUACCACCACAGAAGAAGAAAUGGCUGAACUCUCUACGAAAGUGCAAAGCCAGCUGAAGGUUUUGGAGGGUUUUCUUGAAGCUGACACAAAGUUUUCGGAGAUCAGGUGUCAGAAAGCCCUGCCACUGGCUCACAGCGCUUACCAGUCCAACCUUCCCCAUAAUUACACCACUACAGUGCACAAGAACCAGCUGGCACUGGCUCUGCGGGUGUACAGCCAGCACGCUCGCGGCGUGGCGUUUCAGCGCUACGCUCUGCAGCUUCAUGAGGACUGCUACAAGUUCUGGAGCAACGGCCACCAGCUGUGUGAGGAGCGAAGCCUGACUGACCAGCACUGUGUUCACAAGUUCCACCUGCUGCCUCAGCCAGGAGAGAAACCGGAUAUAGAUCGCAACCCCCCCAUACUGAACCACAACAGCAGGGGGCGCUCCACCAGCUCCUGCAACUGUGGCAGGAAACAGGCUCCUCGUGAGGAUCCGUUUGACGUCCAGGGUGCCAAUUAUGACUUCUUCCAGAUUCUGGAGGAGAAAUGUUGUGGCAAGCUGGAGAGGAUCGAGUUUCCAGUAUUCCAGCCCAGCACUCCUGACCCAGCCCCAGCCCCGAACCAGACUCAGCCACCGCCAAGUGAGCCCUCGGAGUCUGGUGAGGCUGAGAAGGUGAAGGAGCAGGAGCCGAGCACUACACAGAGUCACACGCCCGCAGACACCAGCCUCAGCCUGGCCCUCAGUCUCGGACAGUCCUCGGACAGUCUGGGUACCUAUGGUGAAGGAGACGGAACCGAAACCCAAGCUCAGCCGAAGAGGCCGAGCCUGGUAGACCGACAGCCCUCCACUGUGGAGUACCUCCCUGGCAUGAUGCACUCGGGCUGCUCGAAGGGUCUGCUCCCCAAGUUCUCCAGCUGGUCCCUGGUCAAACUGGGAACGGCAAAGUCCUACAACUGCCACACGGGUCUGGAACAGCCAGGCUUCCUCCCCGGCUCCUCCUUCCUCUUGCCGUGGGACUUGGUCAUUCGCUCCCGGUCAGAGGAGGAUACGGGACUGACGGAGACUUUGGAUGGAGGCACCUCUUCGUGGCCAGCCCCUAACAAGAACCUGGUGGGAAAGCGAGGGAGCACUGGAGGCCUGGGUAGGAGUCGCAGGAGGGAUGAUAUGGCUCGAGCCUUUGUGGGGUUUGAGUAUGAAGACAGCAGGGGAAGACGCUUCAUUAGCUCCGGGCCUGAUAAGAUAGUAAAGGUGCUGGGGCCAGGGGGCGCCAAAGAUCCCGCCACCAGGGUGCUCAACACAGACAUGCCGUUGUACAUCCCUUCGCCUUCCCAGGGCCGCGGUCUGAAGUCUCACUAUGCCCAGCUGGCUCGCCUUUUUAUUGUGGUGCCUGAUGCUCCGCUGGAGGUUACACUCAACCCACAGGUACAGCCCAGUCUCCCUCCCGGCCCAGUUUUCCAUCCAGAGCAGACGGAGAUAGUGUUGCCCUCCGACAGUCUUUGGGUGCUGCGGUUCCCAUUUUCCUACGCAACAGACCACGGCCCCUGCUACCCACCCAAAGAGAACCAGCCUCUCAACAACUACAAGGUGCUGCGAGGCAUCCUGAAGGCCACCACUGCUAACCCGCCACCACAGUAACCUGAAAGACUUCACCUCUCUGGACCCCGUCUUCAUUCAUUUACACCUGCUCACUAGGGGUGUGCGAUAUAUAUCGUCUACGAUAAUAGUCAGUGAAUCAUUGUCGGAAAAAGAGAAUGAGAAGAGAAUAGAGAGAAAACAGAGACUUGACUGAGCGACACUGGCAUCUCUGACUUGCUACAGUUUACAAAUGUAUUUGUUUGUCGCCACAAUAUCAACACUGAUCAUCACGUAAUGAUCGAUUCUUUUAUUAUUGAGUAACAUUUUUCUUCGUAGCAGCGCAUUCAUAAGCUGCUCACUCGCUUUUGUCCUCUCUCUCACACACACACACACAAACACACUCUCUCUCACACAAACAGUGUGAUCGGGCACAUGUGUAAACUCAGUCUGGGUAAAAACAACAGACUUUAUGAUCUUAUUAAAUGUCAGGAGGAGGUGGCGGGGAGCGCUCCUUAUGGUUAACGCAGUCGGCGCAGCACAUAACGCGAAUUAUAGAGACACAGACACAGAGGAGCAAUAAAUUAUUGACAGAAUCGCUAAAGAUUGCAAAAAAUUCAUUUUCACAGUCCAAACAUGUAAAAAAAGACUCACAUUAAAACUGUAAGUGGUCUUACUGCAGCUGUGCGUGGCAGGUGUCUGCCCCGGACUUGGUGGCACUGUGACCCGGCUGUGGGGCUGUGUGUGUGGUCUCUGUGUCACAUUAGCCAGGGACUGUUGUAUGUUUAUUUAUUGGACAAGACAUAUGAUCAUCACGAUAUUGACCAACAUUAUCAAUAUCACAUGUUUUCCUAUUAUCGCACACCCCUGCUGCUCACACAGGUUGAGAUAUUUUAAUAAUAAUUGCAUCGUCUCCCUGCCCGUUGCAGGGUCAGCUGGUGACAUCCCCUGGUGAGAUCUUCUGUUUUGCUCCAUCAUUAGAUAAACAUCUCCCCAAAGGGUCUCAUAAACUUAUUUUUGUAUUCUCAUUAAAUGAGAUGUGAUUGUUCACAGCCUCCACAGAAUUGACCGUAUUGAUUUUGAGAACCUCAUGACCAACAGUUUUACUGAACCCUUGGCACUUAGGAACAAUCAUGACCAUGUCAUUAUUCUAAUUCUUUCUCUUGGGUCCAAUUUGAGUUUUUGUAAACCAGUAACUUGUGUCUUGUGUCACAGAACUUUGCAUAUUUCGCAGUUUACAGAGUCGGGGCUGAUGAACCGUGGUCAGCAGCAGAAAACUGAGAAGCCAUUAAGGCUGAGGCUGAAGUGCUUUCUGCUUCAUGUGCAGUAUCUGAAUAGUUCCACAACGCAAAAAUUGCGACAUUUAUGACUAUUCACAUACCAGAUUACUGGUUACUGGAGUGGAACAUGUCAUUUUUUUUUUUGUAAAUAAAAAUAACGAGGUCAAUCUG